AUGCUGCUGGGGCUUCCGGAGAGAUACCUGGCACAUAGCCUCCUGUGGUCGUUUUGCUCUCCUCUAGGAGUUACAUAUCGCACGACUGAAGGGCUGAGACUUCCGUCUUGGACAUGGGCUACCCGAAAAGGCUCCGUCAUUUAUCAACGGUCUCUCGGGGGCAGAAUUGACGGCGACUGGUUGGACCCGAUGUAUCAGAUUCACUUUGGACAUCUCGUCUCCUUUUUCUACUGUGACCCGAUCUCUACUGGCCCCUCUAGGCUCAGGCACAUUUGUGAAGGCAAGGUUUGGUUUCCAGAAGAUCGAAUUGAUGGUUCUAUGCGGCAGGAAGACUUCCAGCGAGAUAUUGAAGCCUUCUUUCAACCUAGGGGAAAACUUUGCCAGGUCACUGAGUACAAGGAUCCUCGACAAGAGGCACCGUGGAUCUCCGUGGUUGACAUGUGGAAACGGUCUCCGCAGAACCCUAUGACAGCUCGCCACCACAUCGAGCUUGAUGAUAAGACCAAAGCCAGGGCUGAAGAACACCCUCGCUGUCUCGUUUUCAACACCACAGUUGCCAGAGUCCGGAUAGGGUCAUACCUUCGCGGCGAUGAUGACGGAAGUCAACUUACGAUCUAUAACAAUGAUGGCACAAAGAUAGGAACCACUGCGCCUAUGCAUAGGCAAUGGGCUUUAAAAUGUCUGAGCAUGGGGUCGAGCCUCUACAUGAUAGUUGUCGCCGCUGGCCUCAAGUUUCCUGAAACCUGGGAGCAUAAUGCUGUGUUUGCGGGAAGCCGAGGAUUUGGGUUCUAUGUGCUAAUUACAUCUCGCACGAGCGGGCUCUACUCGCGUCUUGGGAUCGGCUUUAUUUCCUUGGAUGGAUGGGCCUCUGUUGAACCCAACUGGGAGCCUGUUAUUCUAGUAUAG